GACAUCCAAGAGAAGAUAAACUUUGAAAUCCGCAUGCGAGAAGGCAUCUGUAAACUACUUGCAGUGAGCACACAGAAAGACCAACUCUUGCAGGCGGUUAAAAACCUGAUGGUUUGCAAUGCUCGUAUACUUGCCUACAAGACUGAGCUACAGAACAAAAAAGAAGAGCCGAUCUCACAGAGAGCAGAAGAACUGUCUUCAGAAAACGGGUCAAAAGACCGGGUGGCAUGCAGAGCAAAGGUUGCUCUAACAGAUAUUCGAAUACCAUUAAUGUGGAAAGACUCUGAUCACUUCAGCAAUAAAGAAAAAUCUCAGCGCUAUGCAGUUUUUUGUUUGUUCAGAAUGGGAGCUGAGGUUUUUGAUACAGAAGUGGCUAUUGUGGACAAAGCAAUAACAGAUAUCUGUUUUGAAAAUGUAACCAUAUUUGAUGAAGCAAGGCCAGAUUUCCAGGUGAAGGUUGAAGUGUAUAGUUGCUGUACAGAGGAGCCUUUAUGUGUAACAAACACUCCUAAGAAACUAGCAAAGAAGCUUAAAACAUCCCUCAGCAAAGCUACGGGGAAGAAACUCAAAGCUGCGCUGGAAGAAGACAGCACUGAAUUGCUUUUGCCCCCUGACCCGGUCAUCCAUGGAGCAAAGUACAGUUUGCUAGCGUAUACCACUUUGGGGCUGGAGAGUGCUGAGGACAAUUUCAGGACCCACAACCUUACCAUUACAGGAAAUGAGGAAUCCUCUUUUUGGCUCCCCCUGUAUGGAAACAUGUGCUGCCGUUUAGUUGCUCAGCCUGCCUGCAUGGCUAGGGAUAUGAUGGCAGGAUUUCUUAAUCAGCAGCAAAUGAUAGGAGGUCUAACUAGCUGGAGGAGGCUGUAUUGUGUACUGAGAGGUGGCAAGCUCUUGUGUUAUAACUCACCAGAAGAAAUUGAGGCUAAACUGGAGCCAGCAUUGACAGUUUCCAUCAACAAGGAAACCAGAAUUCGAGCUGUGGAUAAGGACUCCAAGAGAAGAACUAAUAACUUCUCUGUUAUCAACCCUGUGUCUGGAGAGGCUGUGACGCGACUUUUUGCUACUGACAGUAGGGACGACCUUCAGAAGUGGAUGGAGGCUUUCUGGCAGCACUUUUAUGAUCUGAGCCAGUGGAAACAUUGUUGUGAAGAACUUAUGAAAAUUGAGAUUAUGUCACCACGGAAACCACCUUUGUUCUUGACAAAAGAAGCGACCUCCGUCUACCAUGAUAUGAGCAUUGAUUCUCCAGUGAAACAUGAGGGCUUAGCUGAUAUCAUACAAAGAAAAAUCGAAGAGAGUGAUGGCGAGUUCCUGCUUGGCCAGCAAAAAGAAUCUGCAUCUCCCUUAUGGGCUUCGCUCUUUGAUGGAUCUCAUGAGAUGGUUGUUCAGAAAAGCACGCAUCCAGGCUCAAAAAAAGAUACUGCAAGUCCUGUUGAUGGCAGAGGAAAGAAAAGAAGAGCUCCACCUCCACCCUCUGAUAAGUUACCAUACAGUGCAAAAGCACAGGUGAACACAGAGCAAUUGGGCAAGGAAAACCAGAAGUUUGACUGCACAUCUGCUAAUAGUUCUUCCUUUGAUUCAAAAUUAUCUACAAUAAUGCAGCAGUUGCAGACACCCAUUGCUGCUGCUCGCAAAAUUGGUCCUUGUAGAAAAAACAGUUUAGCUGGCCCUGGGAAUCCCAUUUCGUUGGUUACCAAGACUGAGUCGGAAACCAAACCAGUACUAACCCCUAGACAGAAAUGCAUUACAGAAAUGCUAGACCCUAGAUCAUGGUUGCAGCCAUAGAAACCAUAAUUAGCUUAGAGGAGUUCCUGAAAUCAAAGGUUUCUCAGUCUUAUAGUAUAACUCUUGAAUAAAAAUAGACUUUUUUAACAUAAAGCUUAUAAUUAUGGAGGCUAAAGUUGUUUUUUUUUUCUUUUAACCAGGGCAUUACUACUAGCUGCAGUCUCAGCUGUACUCAUUAUCGCUAACAUCUAAAUAAUUGCACUGGUAACAGAGGGGGGUUAUCCGUAUCUGAAAUAACGGUGCUAUUCCUGAAAAGAGCGGUUCAGUACUUUCUUCUUGAAAAACCAGCAGUGUUAGGGUAACUCAGUGUCCCUGCAGCAGGGAUGUGACCAUUGCCUUCCAGCAGUCCCUCAGCUUAGACCAUCUGCAGCUCCUCAGACUAGUUCAAAUGGGAAUUUCACACAUAUUCAGCACAGAUCUUGCAAAACUAAUUUUCUUGGGCUCCAUGCUUGUCUUCACCUAAAAUAUUCUUCUCUCUCCCUCACUGUUUGGGAACCACUGCUUAUAAGUUAAUGUCCUAUGAAAAGUUAUUGUGCUCUUCUGAAUGGCUCUGUAACUCCAUAUGAAUUUCUGAAGGAGUUCUAUCAGUUUAGUGUGGGAUCUCCUAAGUUCUUGCUGGUGCGUGCGCUGACCGAAUAGACCAGGAUUUUCUGUGUUUGAGCAAGAAUGUGAUCCAUCACUGCUGCUUAUUUUGGACUAACGUGAACAUAUAAAGCAGUACUGCAUAUGAACACCUAUUCAGGAUUUCAUUGUUAUGGUAGUAUUUUCUGAUGAAUGGGGAUCUGUAGCGUGGCUUCUCCUUUGUGGAGCCUCUCAGCUGUUCCUGGUAGAUAGCUGGUUUGUAAACACGGCAGUGUUUCUGGUUAAGAAAUUGGGGUUUUUCACCAGUUGUUCUUUCUGAAAUAACAGAGAAUAAGUAUUUCAGGUGAACAUAUUGAACUUUGAUAUUUUUCCGUCAGGCUGUUCAACAUUUUUGUAAGAAGCAUGGGCUAUUAGGCUUCCUGUGGCACCUGCAAAACAUCUAUUGCAUACAGAAAAGAUUCUGUCCUUCUGGAUCCACAGCUUAAAUAUGCAACCUUUCCCUUGGUUGAUGCAUUUAUCUCAGAUGCUGGAACAUAUCCAAGAGCAAAGGUAUGCUUGCAGAUGUCCCUCUAGAGCCUUGGUAUUCAGACCUGUGUUGAGAGAGUCAUACCAGCAACUUUAUACAUAAGCUUCUUUUUUUUUCUUAAUAUUUUUAUUUUUCUUUCUAAAGUGCAGGUUGCUUUGGGAGCUUUACCAUUUCUCCAGAAGAUAUUGUGUGCAUGGUUGGUUUGUUUGUUUUAUCUAUUUUUUGUCUUCUGCUAAGCUCUUGGCUGCACAGCUGUGAAGGUAUCUGCUGAAUUCCCUCAGUAGUUCAUUGGCUAUUUGGGAUGGGGCUUGAGAGGCAGGUUUCAUUUACAAAUCCUUUUGCAGGAUUAGAGCCCUUCGUUUCUAGAAUGUCCUUGUUCAUUCUUCAUUUAAUCACAUUCCAUUUUCACUCUGAAACAGCCAUAAUCAUUCUUACAAUAAAUCAUGCUGUUACUUAAGUGGAUGGUUUGUGAAUGGUUUAUAAAUAGGAACAGAAAAACUGAAGAAUAACUACAUGAUUAUGUAAAUUAGACACAGUCAACUAAGUGGACUGUGCAACUCUGAACAAG